AAAAAAAGUCGCAACCAUUUAGAGACAAGUGACUUCCUUUACCUCUUGUCCAACUCCCCUUUUCCCCUUUCCCUGCAUUCGUCGUCGCCGGAUUAUUGGAAACAAGACAUCACCACAUCCCAAACCAGGCUCUUUAGGUACUGCACGCGUGUAACUGCUCACGCCUACGCGCACGCGCAUCUGAAGUCCUGUCCGUUCGGGAAUUAUUUCAUAGAGUAACAUCCCUCCAGCUCGAGUGCUUGAUCUACCUUGCUACCCUGCUGCUCCACACUUUCUUUCCCGCCAUCCUCCCUCCAGUCUCGACAACUCACCUAGGAAUACAUUUCCCUCAUUCACAAGCCAAGCAAACGAAACGAUCCUCCGCCCAACACACGGCAUGCCUCUCCCCCAGACCACGACAAUGAAGCAACCUCCGACCCAGUCCUCCAUUAAAUCCUUCUUCCAACCCCGCCAGCAACCAUCCUACGCUCCGCCGCCCCCAGCGUCAAAGUACGCCCCCGCGCCGUCAUCGAAUGGAACGUCUGCUGCCCCUCCUCCCACGACCAAACCCCCACCAUCGUCAACAUCAACACCACCACCACCUCCCCCUCCUAAAUCCUCAGUGACGACGGCGACAACAACGACGACACCACCGAGAACCUCACCUCCAGCAACGACACCGCAAACAUCACAACCGCCAGCCUCGACUCCCCUCCACCCAAGCGCUUCGAUCCGCCCCGUCUCAGACCAAGACCUCCAACCCCUCCGCCGCAUAAACUCCCUCCUCCUCCCAGUAGCCUACCCAGAAACCUUCUACGCCGCGGCUCUAACGGGCCCCUUCUCCCGCGUCGUCACCUGGCGCGACCAACCCACCACAAACUUCUCCCAGGAAAUCGUCGUCGGCGGCGUCGUAGCCCGCAUCGAACCCUCCCCCUUUCCCUCCGCGACACCUACGCCGACCCGCCUCGAACACGCCCUCUACAUCCAGUCCCUCGCCCUACUCUCCCCCUACCGCUCCCAUGGCCUCGCCACCGCCGUGGUAGACCACCUCGUCGCCGCGGCCGCAAACUCCUCCCCCGACGUCAACCUCCGCCACAUCUACGCUCACGUCUGGACCGACAACGAGGAGGGCAUGCGCUGGUACGCCGCCCGCGGCUUCGAGCGAUACGGUGAGCCGCUGCAGGGGUACUACAUCAAGCUCCGCCCGGACUCGGCCUGGAUCGUUCGUCGCGCCGUCGGCCCUCUGUCCAUCGGCGGGCAGCAGCAGUCCCUGUCCUCUGACAGAGCCACCGCACCACCUCCGAUCCCAGGUCCCACCGCCGCCGUCGCGAACCUGCCACCCAUGAACGGAGGCGGCCCCCCUCCUCCACCACUGUCGAGGACAAUCUCAGGCACGUCCUUCCAGAACCGCCGCGCCGCGACAGAGUGGAACGACCUCCCCGACGAGAUGGCAUCGGCCAAGCUCGCUCCUCCCAAGAGUAACGGUGGCUCGGGCGCGAGUUCCCGGAGCAGCUCGACGGUGAGGAAGAAGAAGGAUAGAUCAUACCCGGCUGCGGCUUUCCAGGGUUAGGCGUAGGGAGAACAUGUCUACUUCAAAUGCGCCAAGAUAAUCAGAUGACAUCAAGGAGUUGCCGCCACGUGCAAAGGAAUCCUCAGGAGAUAUCAAGGAUACAGAGGAUUCAUGCCAAAAUUCGAAUCGUCCUGGAAAUAAGGCAGGACGGGUCCAUGGCAUGCACCAUCUAAAUCACAAGAGGCUUAGAAGAAGAAGAGACACAAAAUACUAGAAAAGAUUCGCCCCCAAAUUUAGAGGC